AUGUUUAAAUGUUUUCCAUUACCGUUUUGUAAUCGUAACUUGGAACAAGUUGAUAAGCGACAUUGUAAUUUAACGACAGUACCAGAUGAUGUUUUACGUUAUACAAGAACAUUAGAAGAACUUUUACUUGAUGCAAAUCAAUUACAAGAAUUACCAAAAGGUGUCUAUCGUUUAACACAAUUGCGACGAUUAACAUUUAGUGAUAAUGAUAUACAACGAAUAUCGCCUGAAAUUGGUCAAUUAAUUAAUUUAGAAGAACUUGAUUGUUCAAGAAAUGAUAUAGCUGAAAUUCCAGACAAUAUUCGGCAUUGUCGAAGUUUACAAACAUUAGAUUGUAGUGGUAAUCCAUUAGCCAAAAAUUUACCGCCUGGCUUCAUUCAUUUACGUAAUUUAAGUCAGUUAACAUUGAAUGAUGUCUCACUCACACAACUUCCAGAUGAAAUUGGCAGUUUAACUAAUCUUCGUUUAUUAGAAGUUCGAGAAAAUUUAUUAAAAUCAUUACCUGAAUCAUUAACUCAAUUACAACGAUUAGAAUCACUUGAUUUGGGUAGUAAUGAAAUUGAACAACUACCCAGUGGUAUAGGACGUUUAGCAUCAUUGCGUGAAUUAUGGUUAGAUAUAAAUGAAUUAAAUCAAAUCCCCGUUGAUAUCGGACAUUUAAAACGACUACAAUGUCUGGAUAUAUCUGAUAAUAAAUUAACACAACUACCAAAUGAAAUUGGUGAUUUAGAAUCGCUAACUAAUUUUGAAUUAUCAACAAAUCAAUUAGAUGAAAUACCUGCGACGAUUGGACGAUUAUCAAAAUUAUUAAUAUUAAAAAUCGAUUCGAAUAAUCUCGGACAGUUGUGUUCCGAAAUUGGACAAUGUACUUCGUUAAACGAAUUGAUAUUGACAGAAAAUGCUCUCAGCGAAUUGCCGACAACAAUAGGAAAUUUAAAAAAGUUAUCAAAUUUAAAUGUGGAUAGAAAUCAGUUAACAUUAUUGCCAGUCGAGAUAAGUAAAUGUGAAUCAUUGGGUGUGUUAUCUUUGCGUGAUAAUCGUUUAACUCGUAUUCCAAAUGAAUUAUCGAAAUUAAAACAUUUACAUGUACUAGAUUUAUCUGGUAAUCGAUUGCCCUAUUUACCAUGUUCAUUAUUAGAUUGUGAUCUUAAAGCCAUUUGGUUAGCGGAAAAUCAAGCACAACCAAUGUUAAAAUUUCAAACAGAUAUUGAUAGUAAUACGGGUGAAAAAAUUUUGACAUGUUAUUUAUUACCACAACAACAUUAUACAACAGCAUCAAUGGAAAAUUUACUGAGUGCAUCCAAAUCUCAAAGUUUACACAUUGAACCAACAGUCACAGCAACAGUACCAACUGUUACUCCCUUAUCUCUAGCACAAACAACACCAGCAAAAUAUAAUGAUGAUACAUCAGACAAAGAAGAUCGACAUGAACGAACAGGAUCAGUUAAAUUUGCCGAUCAAUUCGAAGACAUCAAAGAAAGUAGUCUUCAACGACAUAAUACACCGCAUCCAAAAGAUCUUCGUACAUGGCGAAAUAAAGUAGCCAAAAAACUACAUACAGACGGUCAUAUAUUACAUCAUCAUGGACAUGGAAAUCAACAACAUUCUGGAUCAAUUCCAAGUAAUAAUACUAACGAUGAAUAUGUACACGAUGUAGAAAAAGAAGUUAAUAAUAAACAACAACCAUUAUCUCUAACAUCAUUACAAAAUAAAAGUCUUCCAGACGGAUCCGGAACAACGACGAAUUCGUCACAUGCACAUGAUACGAUUGAAUAUUGUCCACCUGAGACAAGUUCCGGUUAUCAGGAUUCUGAUACGGAACAUAAUCCUGACAAUGACCAUGAUGAUGUUUAUCAUUCCGGUGAUCAAUCUCUUGUAGAAAAACAUGUUGAAUUUUCUGAUGAUACAACACUAAACGAAGGAGAAAAGAAAGAUAGUAUAUCACAAAAACUUCAUCGUAGAGACACGCCACAUCAUUUGAAGAAUAAACGUAUUCUUAAUAAAAAUGCUGAUCAACUUUCUAUAGAACAAAUAUUAAAUCAGAGUCCAAAUAAAACAUCGGUCACAAGUCCAGUAAGAGAUCUAAAACAAUCCUCGUCUCGUCCAAUGACCAUUGAACAUGAACAACUUACUCUCAUUAUUCGUCGAACACAAAACUUAGGUCUUGGUAUUAGUAUUGCGGGUGGAAUUGGAUCAACCGCUUACAAAGAUAAUGAUUAUGGUAUAUUUAUAACAAAAGUGAAUGAAGAAGGUCCAGCUGGUCAAGCUGGUUUAAUUACAGGUGAUAAACUAUUAUCUGUGAAUGGUAUUUCGUUAAAUAAUGUUGAACAUCGUGAUGCUGUAUCAGCAUUAAAAAAUGCCGGUGACAAUAUCGAAAUGGUUGUAUUACGUGAGUUAAUCAUACCAUCACCGUCCACUACAGUCGGAGGAGAUCAUCAAAAACAACAUACAAAUGCUCUAAAAGAAGGUGAAAAAUUUACAACAAUUAUCACACGUGAUGAUAGAGGAUUUGGAUUUUCAAUUGCUGGUGGACGAAAUAAUCAUCAAGAGAACGCAGAUGAUACCGAAAAACAGCAGUCACCUGUCGAUGAUAAUCAUGAUUUAUAUAUAUCCCGUUUAACGGAAAACGGUGCUGCUGACAAACAAGGUGAAAUAUUAGUUGGUGAUCGAAUAUUAGCUAUUAAUGGUUACGAUGUAUCAACAGCCAGUCACGAUCAAGCUGUUGAUAUCAUUAUGAAUGUUGGAAAAAGUCUUGAACUUGUUUUAUACAGAGAAAAAUAUUUAACACAACAAGAACAAGAACAACAACAAUCACGAAUUGAUGCAUCAAAACAACGAAAUUUCGAUGACUAUGCAACAAAAGGAAAAUUGUCGAAUAAAGAUUCAGUAGAGAAAACAAAUUCAAUUGACAAUACCGUUGAAGAAGUAAGAAUAGUUAAAGGGGCUGGUCCCAUGGGUCUAAGUAUUGUCGGUGGAAUGGAUCAAGCAUGUCAUCCAUUUGGAAUAACUGAACGUGGAGUUUUUGUUUCAAAGAUUCAACCAAGCGGUUCAGCUUCUCGAACAAAUCUUCGUAUUGGUGAUCGUAUUUUAAAAGUAAGCAAUCGUGAUGUUAGUCAAGCAACACAUAUGGAUGCAGUCAAUGCUCUUAUUGAGCAAACAACUGAAGUUGUAUUAUUAGUACGACAUGAACCACAACCAGCUGGAUUAAAAGAAAUUCAAAUUUCACGUGCUACCGGUGAACCACUUGGUAUUCGUAUUAACGGUGGAGUUGAUGGUAAACGAGUAAAUCCCGAUGAUCAAGAAGAUGAUGGCAUAUUUGUUACAGAAGUAAAAGAGGGUAGUCCUGCAUAUGGUCAUUUAACUGUUGGUACAAGAAUAUUAGAGGCAACAAAAUAUAAGAAUAAUUGUUGUUCAUAUAGUAGCAACAGUAGCAUCGACGAAGAAUCUAUUGAAAAUUACUGUGAGACAAAUUUAGAUGAUAUAGUAACAUUAAAUUUAAAUAAAUCAAAAUUUUCAACAUAUUAUUGUCAUCAUCGAAAAAAACGUUUUUAUUCAGUGCCAAAUAAAUUAUCAAGAAUGAAAGAAAAAAUUCUUAAUCAACCUCAAACAAAAAGGCAUCAUAAUCGUUCUUGUUAUUGUUGUUGUUUUUCAUUACUAUUUCCAAACUAUUCAUCUCCAGUGUUAACUCAAAAUCGUUCAAAUCAUAAAAAACUCACAUCAUUAAAACAUCAUUUAUUAGCACCAGUUGUCACCAUAAAAGAUAUAAUUAUAUCAUCGUCAACAAGUAAUAGUAGUGAUUCUAAUUCUCCAAAUGAAUUGAAAAUUGAAAAUAAAAAAGUAAACGGUGAAAAUGAAAUAAAUGGUGAUCUUAUUCAAUGUUUAAGUGAAGCUCUUAGUUCAUCGUCUAACAAUGCUAUUAGUUCAAAUGCUCUCUCUGAUGAUAAUGAUCAGCUUGUAGCUGAAAUUGAUCAUUUUUUAAACGAGAAUUCGGAUGAUCGUUUAUCAACUAAAUCAUUGGUGUUUCAAAAUGAAAUAGUCAACGAUCAUCCACUCGUUCAUUCAUACACAUCAUUAUCUAGUUAUAAUAUUGUUAAUCGAAAACAAUCAUGGGUAUCUAAAAGCCAAGAAGAAGAAGAAGAUGUAGGUGAAACACAAACAUUAUGCGAGGAAGAGCAUGAACAACAUGCGGAGAAUUGUUUAUUUUGUGGUAAUGACGACACUGCUUUAUCUAAACCACGAGACAAUAACAAUAAUCAUAUUGAUUUACAUCCAUUGAAAUAUAUGCAAGAAUUAGCGUGGAAAAAUCAUUAUUCAUCAUCUCCAUCUUCUUCAUCUUCGUCAUCACGUUCAACAUCAAAACAAAAUAGUAUUGAGCAAAAAAAAGCAUCUCUUUUUUGGAUAUCUGAUUCAUGUGAUGAAUCUGACACUGGCGUAUCAUCACCAUCAUUAUCAUCGUUCAAACGUGUUAAAAUUGAUUUAUUACACGCAGCUGAUGCCUAUUUAUCUUCAACCAAUGAUUUUUCGUUAAAUACAAGUUUAGAUACAUCAUCAGGUUCAGAUAUGCCACAACAAGCGCAAGCAAUAUCCACUAUUCAAUCAUCAUUGAGUUUAUGUGAAUUAAAUGAAAUUAUUUACGCUAUUAAUACAACAGAAGAUAUAUCGAUUGACGAAAGAGAGCAUACACUUAAUUCAUUGGCAACAUCAUUGAGAGAAGUUGCAAAUGAAACAUCAGAAAGAAUUCAUGAAGUUAAUCCAGUUCCUGAUGCACAAGACCAACCCCUCCUAGGACAUCCAGUUAUUCGGGCAGUUAUGUAUGAAAUUGUCAUGAGAUUUGAACUUUCAAAAACGCCCCAUUCACCAAGUUCAACUCGACAACCGACAACUCCUCCAUUAAUGCGUCAUUCGUUGCAGAAACAACAACAACAAAACCCCACAUUAUCUCCAGUUCAAACGACAACCUCUUCAUCAUCAGUAGUGCUUAAUCAUCGUACAACCGAGCACCAUAAUGGUUCACAAAAUAUAAAUGAUUCAUCGUCUAAAAUAACGAAUCGAACUUUAUCACCAAAAUUAAGUCCACGUGUGAGUAAUUAUUUUUUCCCUGACAAAAAUCUGAUUCCGAACAUCGAUAGCAAUAGUCAUCAUUACUUGACUCAUCAAAUAACAUCAACGCCACGAUCUAAUGUGAACAAUACAAGUCUUAGUCCAAAUAAUGAUCAUGCACAAUUACCUCCUCCUAUUCCUGUUAAACCUAAACGUUUACAGUAUGAUCAAAAUGAUUCAUCAUUUUCGAAACAAACUAAUAGCAAUAAUUAUAACUCGACAUCUCCGUUUUCUUCAAUGUCAAAUUCAACAACAAUAAUAUCUCCGACAGGAACAUCGUCAUCCACAUCGUCAUCAUAUGUACGACCGAAUACAGCCGAAUUUCGUCAGUUUGUACCAAUACCCGAUCAUCUUAAUAUGAAUAAUCAAAAACCAUCACAUAAUGGAUUUGAAAUUGAUGAAUCUGAUUUAUCUGUUACCGAAUCCGAACGUUCAUUUAAAGAUAAGAAGAAAUUUUUUGAAAGUGGUUUCAAAGAUCAAGUGCCAAAACCAAAACCUCGACAAUUCAAAUAUAUCACUGAACAUGAACUUCAACAAAUGAAACAAGAAGAAGAACAGAAAAUAAAAUCAAUGAGUCCAACUGAAGUUUUAUCGCGUACACAAAUCGAUACUGGCGACGAUAAUACUCAUCAUUCACAUCAGCAAAUUUAUCAACCGACUCAACAUAUGUUACCAAAAGAAGAAAAAGAUGAUGUACUAUUGCGUAAACCAAGAACAGAUCAUAUAUCUAAUAGAAUAACAUCAUUGGAACGGGAUACUGCUACAGCACAGGCCUUAUUAUCCAAAUUUACCAUUGAUUCAGACAUGUCUUGA